GGCGGAAGGCCCCGGGGUCACCGGGAGGGGCCCAGGACCCACGUUCCCCCGAGGGAGCCCGGCCGCGAUGGAGCCCACGGCCUCGCAGGUGUUCUGCGGGCGGGUGCUGGGCAUGGUCAACGCCGAAGACGUCAACGCCAUCAUCCUGGCCCAGAAAAACAUGUUGGAUCGAUUCGAGAAGACCAACGAGAUGCUGCUCAACUUCAACAACCUCUCCAGCAUCCGCAUGCAGCAGAUGAACGAGCGUUUCCUCCACCACACCAAGACGCUGGUGGAAAUGAAGAAGGAUCUGGACAGCAUCUUCCGGAGGAUCCGGACGCUGAAAGGGAAGCUGGCGAAGCAGUACCCGGAGGCUUUCAGCAACAUCCACGAAUCUCCCAUCCUAGAAGAUGACGACGACUUCGACCCCGUCCCGAAAAGCACGACGACCACCAUCGCUACCUCUGAGCAGAGCACCGAGUCCUGCGACACCAGCCCUGACAUCAUCUCUCCCACCAUGAGUCAGGAUUUUGAGGAUUUAUCCCAAGGCCAGUACGAUUUACCGGCCGUGAACGGACAGAGUCUCACAGACGAAGACACGGCCAACGACCUGGACUAGGUGUGCGGGUCCUGCGCUGCCGCCGCCCGCCCCCGGAGAACUUUCUAUCCUGUAUUUAUAUUUGUGUGUUUCUUUUUUUUUGGGAAGAGGGAAGCGAAGGCUGAGAGAAGCGAUGGCCAAGUGAAGAAGGGUGCCCUUCUGCCUCUAAACUGCCACCGUAGUGUAAACCCCGCGUCUCGCUUCGGGGUAAAUAAGUAAAACGUGGGUUUGAA